AUGGCGAGUGCGCACGCUCAUCCUAUACCUCCCGCCAUCCCGCACGACCUGUUUACACAGGAAGUCCCUCCGUCGCCGACUUUGACAAAUCCCGACAUGAUUUUGCCAUACCAGCCUCACCUUGACUCGAGUCCCAGUCCACGCGCAUCUUCGCCAAUAUUACACUCUUCUCCACUGCCUCUACGUCCAGAUUCUGCGGUGUCACUGGGCUCCUCUCCCGUCGAGCUUGAACCUGCGGUUGAGUUAGGGAUUGCGACAACCAUUAGGAUGCCCUCAAGGGCGGUCCCUCCUAUUAGUACCAACUACUACGGGUACGAACACGGAGCCCCCCUGAGCGAUAUUGGAGAGGAGGAAACCCCAAAGUCGAAGAAAAGUCGGCGCACCGAGAGCCCGCUCAUAUCAGACCCUCCUUCGCCAUCCCCCGCGGCUCCUCUGCUGCACGCGGCCCGGCGACUGAGCAAUCAAUCGUCCUCGAGCAAUGGCACCGAUCUGGGCAAUUGGGAGGACUUUGAUACCUCUAAGAUUAUGAAUGAAAGACUGGCCGCAGACGUUGCGAAGGUCCCAGACGAAGAGAUUGAAGAUCCGGACAGUAAGAGAAAUAGCACAGUUACGACAAACGCGGAAGAUGAGAUGGCUCUCCUCAACGAACGAGCAGAAAGGAUUCUUGAACAUGCCAGGAAACGACUAACACAUAUGGAGGAUAAUCUAAGUAAGGCACGUCACAGCAUCCUGUCAUCGAGAUCCUCACCAAAUAUGAACGAACUUCACCAACCUGCGGGUGGGCUGUAUCGGUCAAUCUCCUUGGCCGGUGCGAGUCAACGAAAGGCCAGACCCCUUCAUCUUGUCAACAGAACCAAUUCAGUGGCACACGCUAGAGGCGGUAGUGAUACGACGACUGGAACGUCUGGAUUGAAGCGACUUUCCAUGAUUCCGGAAAUCAGAUCCGCAAGCGCGUUGGAAUAUGGACGCAGGCAAGAAUCUCCUCAACAAUUACUCCAUUCGCCCCCAUCAAGGAGCGGCCCGUACUCACCAGCGAGUAAUCGGAGUUUCAAUUCCCCUCUGCUGGUGUUGAAGGAGGAAGAAAGCCCUGCUAGCACAACCAAGACGACUCCAGAAACAUCAAGCCCACGAGGGCUGGGCAUCAAUACUCUUGCCGCCGUGUCAAGAGAAAAUAUUUCAGUGGUCACAAGCAGCCCACCUACAGCUCUUGCUCGUUCUUCCUCAUCCAUGUCAAAUCGGUCCACCAAAGAGAUUCGAGAACAGAUGUCGAAUCUGCAGGCCAAAAUUUCCGACUUGAAGGACAAAGCACAGGCUGACAGCCUUAGGAGGAAAAGUAUGCAGACCACCCGGACGCCUAGCCCCUUUGCAAGUGCGCAGAGUCCUGAGCAGUGGUAUGCAAAUGCCCCGGAAUACAAAGAGGCAGGCAGCCCAAUCAACACAAAUGCUGGACUCGGCUGGAGUCCGUCCCGACAGACGAAGCCAGUGGACAUCCCAGUUGCACCGGUCACACCGCAGGCACAAACAUUGCUGAAUGUCGAACUCCCGGCGACUAAAGACUCUGGCUUGGUGAGUGAGGCUAGGACAGAUAAGAACACCCCGAGUCUCCACAAGUCGAUCCAUCUCCAGCCAGAGCCUCUCGAGAAGCCAAAUUCCAUACUCCAGGAGUCGCUCUACGAAGAUGCAGCACAGGAAUUUGAUGAUGACGAACCGAUUGCCGCUUCGGAGGAAGAGCAAAUCUACCUAAAUGAAGUUCUCGAAGAGAGUUUGCAGGAUCUUGAGCCCGAUGUCCCCGAGAUCCCCGAACAUCUGCUCCCUACCGAAGGUGCCGCAGAACGUCACGAAGACAGAUUAGACGCUUUCGACUAUGAGAACAUGUUCCUUCAUAGUGCGUUGGGAAAUUACACCGGGACCGGUAUUAGAAGUGAAACUCCUAGCGAGAGUGACUGCAGCAGUGUAACAACAACGCGCGUGAACCAAGACACCCCAACAGUAGAAGACGACGACGACGACACCGAAACUCAGAUCGACGAGGAAACAACUACAGAUGACACCGCUAGUACUCCCGUCCAAGAGACAUUCCUCAAACCCAGAACUCAACCUAAGCAGCCCACUCCACUUGCGGCACCCUCGAAACCGUGGAUGAAGGCAGCUCGAAGCAACAGUAUCGACUCUGUUUCGACCGUGGCCACCUUUGAGACCGCGACGGAAGGUGCAGGCGAUGGUGAAGACGAGGACGAAGACGGGAUGCCGGCUGAGAUACUGACUUGGGGAAGCGGAACGGGUUUCUCUCACACCCCAACGAGCCCAAAACAUGAAGGUACAGCUAGUGUGUGGCCAACGCCUCCCAUGAGCGGCAGAGCUCGACAAGGACCAAUCAGAUCGCCACGACAGAUUCAGACGCAAGGGAGCAUCGUUUCCAACGGCAUACCGACGCCUCCUGUUCAUUCACCAAGCGUUUCUUUUUCCACUCCAAGAGCAUACGGCCCGACUAGUGUGCCAAACGAGGUGCCAGUUGAUCAUCCUGCAAACACCGAGAUCCUAAUGGAGAGUCUGAUCAAGCUGGCAGACCCCGAAUUUAGAGUUGGUGAUGGACCUGGCUCAGUGACCUUUUCCAACGUCGACAAGGAUCUCGUCCUGGAUCUCUUGCGGGCUGUGGGUGGCGUCUGCAAUGAGAUUCUACGGUCCGAAAGGAAACACGAAGUGCAUGCCGCAAAAGUCCUCAGGAGAAGACUGGACGAAUCAAGGAAGCUCUUGGAAGGCAGAGCCGAUGAGUAG